GUUAAAUGCCAGUUUACAUUUGUUCAAUGUGGAAAGUGAUUUUAAUACAGUUUUACUGUUUGCAUUUGUGUAGGUUUCUGUCAUUCUUUAUUAGUAGCUGUACACGUCGGUGUCUCUCUGUCACUAGGGUGGGGUUUCAGGCAGCAAAACAUCAGCCUCUGUUGUUCUAUUCUCUCUUUCUUUGUCCCUGCUUCUCUUCUUGUCUCCUGAAAUAUAAAGAUUUGCUUUCCUUAGCAACUCCAAUGUCAUCUUACACUGUAGUCAUGGUCCCUCUCAGGAAAAGUCCUACCAGUCUGGAUGCAUUGCGUUUCUUCCUCUGGGUGAAGAACCUGAAGCACUUGGAGAGGGAAAGGGAUCUUCUUUGGAUGGGAUUGCAGGCUUUAGAGCAGGUGCGAGAGAAGUUAUGUUCCAACCUAGAUAAUGACAUGAAAGUGCAAGACAAAUUCAACGAUGGGGAGAUUAAAAAAGUGUUUCCAGACACCCCCACCCUACUGUUGGCUCAGAUUCACAGAGUGAACAGGACCUUGAGGAAUCUAUUGUGUGACUCCAGGAAUCCCACUGUUCCUGCAACAGAAGGUUAUUCCUUUGACAAUACUGUGCACCAAGUACCUGUAAAAGAAUUUAGGUCACUCUUCAUUGUCACCUUUACGUGGCAAAACCAUUGAAUUUUGUGUUGAAAGUGGUUUACCUUGUCAGGUACUGAAGGACACCGGCCCUCUCCUGUCUGUUCAGAAGAAAGUGCUCGGUUUUGAUGUUCUGUAAUGCAUUUUCCUGUAUUUUCUGCUUACAGAAUGUAUCCUGAGUGGAUUUAAAUAUUCAUUUGUGCAAUAAAAUAAACUUCCCAAAACUAAUGGUAUACUACUAGCAGCAGAAUGCUUUAAAUGUUUUAUUCAAGAAUUCAAUGCACUUGACUUGACCUUCCAUUUCCAUUUUGUGACUUUAUACAUGUAAUGAAAUGAGAGCA